AUGAAGAGAGUUACGGUGUUAAUUUCUGGAUCUGGUUCUAACCUGCAAGCGCUGCUGGAUGCUGAAAGGGAAGGUAAGUUGCCCGGUAUAUCGAUCACGCAUGUCAUAUCUUCUAGCAAGAAGGCUUACGGCUUGGAGAGAGCUGCCGCUGCUGGUGUACCCACCACAAUUCACUCUCUUUACAACUAUACCAAGAGCAUUCCUAAGGAGGACGUAGCUCAAAAGAAAUUGGCCAGACGUCAAUUUGAGAAGGAUUUGGCACAGGUGGUUCUGGAAUCUAAACCUGAUCUAGUGGUCUGUGCUGGCUGGUUAUUGAUCUUGGGCCCAGACUUCCUGGCUAUACUGAAGGGUAUACCUAUACUUAACUUACAUCCUGCCCUUCCGGGCCAAUUUGAUGGAACUACACAUGCCAUAGAGAUGGCCUGGAAUAAAUGCCAAGAGGAUAAUAAGCCUUUGAAAGCCGGCUGUAUGGUGCACUACGUGAUAGAAGAAGUUGAUAAAGGUGAGCCAUUAGUGGUAAAAGAGCUGGAAAUAGUUCCUGGGAAGGAAACUCUGGACCAAUACGAAGAAAGGGUACACAAAGCCGAACAUGUAGCAAUUGUUGAGGCAACUUUGAAAGCUCUAGCGAAUUAA